CAACGAUGCCACUGCACUGACAGCACAGAGAGAGAGCGCUGCGUCUCCAGCUGCUGCUCCUACCUCCUCCUGCACACAUCCCCAAAAUAAAGAGCAAAGAAAGAGAUCUUUUAAACAAAUCCCGUCGUUUUUUUCUGGUGAGUUUUUACCUUUUUGUUUUGUUUUCCUUCGUCCUAAACGCUGAUUUGCUCUGCUGAGGAUGGAAAGAAAUGCAUAUUCAUUAAGGCGUCUUCUAUUUUUUUUGGACGCCCCAAGCGACGCGCGACCUCAUUCACAAUAAAAGAUUGGCGAAAUGAGUUUGCAGCUUAUGUUGCAUUUUUAUUCUCUUGCAAACAAAAAUAUCUGGGCGGGGGAGAGAGACGUGGAGGAGAGCUUUCGCUGUUCACACCAUCAGAGCCAGCCCCGGCGAUGGAAGAUCCAAAUGUUCACAAGGGGUUUUGGGAGAGCGAUGCCAGCAGAGCCGUCCAGCAAUGUCUGACCAAUAUUUUCACCAGCGUCUAUACAACCUGUGACAUUCCAGAAAAUGCCAUCUUUGGACCCUGCGUACUGAGCCACACGUCCCUAUAUGACAGCAUCGCUUUCAUUGCUCUUAAAUCAGCCGACAAAAGGACGGUGCCCUAUAUCUUUAGGGUGGAUACUUCAGCAGCGAACAGCUCCUCCGAGGGUUUAAUGUGGCUCAGACUUGUCCAGUCGGCCAGGGAUAAAGAGGAACAAAACCUGGAGGCCUAUGUGAAAAACGGCCAGUUGUUUUAUCGGUCUCUGAGGCGGAUUGACAAAGACGAAGAAUUACUUGUGUGGUACGGAAAAGAACUGUUGGAGCUGCUGCUUCUCAGCAACGUCAGGGCACAGGCCAAAAUGAAUGGAUCCUCGCCGUACACAUGUCUGGAUUGCAGCCAGCGCUUUCAAUGUGAAUACCCCUUUCUAGCCCAUUUGCGAUUCCGCUGUCAGAAGAGACUGGGUUGUAUUGCCUCGGAUGAGAACGUGAAGAGCAGCGGAGACCGUGACCAUCAAACUGCUGUCGGGUCAAGUGUUAAAUUCAGUCGAUCGGAGCGACAAUCAGCCUUUGCUAAUGUAGAAAAUAAUAAAACCAUUACAGAUUUCCACAACCUCGCCAGGGAUAUGGAAAAUCCGAGAGAAAACGUUAGGAACCAUCGAGAAACUGAAAGCAUAAAUGAAAAUAAAAGAAAAUACGACGAAGCGGAAGAAAAAAAUGACAAUAUACUGCACACUGCAAAACUUGCAGAUAGAUCACUGGCUAUGCCAAGAGAAAAUCUUCUCUGCCCUUCCCAACAGUUCAGAGGGAGUUAUUUCAAUCUGAGAGAAAAUGGAAGGCUAAUGACACCAUCUAGUCCAGAGUCUACUGAUGUUAAACGAAGCGCCUUCUUCGAAGUGAAACGAACUUCACUUAACCUUAAACAGACUCCAAAGGACCACGUUUCGGACACAGACAACAAGAAUGGCGCAGCACCGAACACUAGCUCUUCCGAGAAGCCGAUUGACAUCAAGUCUGUUCUGACUGAAACACAAGUCCCUUCGUGUCUGGACAACAUUGCCAUGGGAAGUGCGUUUCGGAGCGUCUCUCAGCUUUGUGGGACUGAGGAAAGGAAGAGUGCAUUUUCUCAGCCAGCCAGGUCGUUUACUCAGCUAUCUCCACUUUUAGUGUCGCAAAAAGUGAUUCCGGGCUUAGAGUGUCACCCUGCCGUUGGUGACUCUGGGAGGCUUUAUCAAGCGAAUGCCUUAGCUGCAAAGCUCCAGAGCGCAGAUGUUAACGGCAAUUGUAAUAUGCAAGGGGGCCUGGCCAAACAAAGCCCUUUCGUAUAUGCCACCGCCUUUUGGCCAAAGGCUUCUGGGCCCAUUCAGCUGCAAGUCCCAUCCGCGCUGACCCUUCUUCCUCCUUCAUUCACGUCCUUUUGUUUACCGGCGCAGAACUGGUGUGCCAAAUGCAACGCUUCUUUCAGGAUGACAUCCGAUUUAGUGUACCACAUGAGAUCGCACCACAAAAAGGAAUAUGCCAUGGAGCCUCUGGUGAAAAGGCGAAGAGAAGAAAAGCUUAAAUGUCCCAUUUGCAAUGAAUCCUUUAGGGAACGCCACCACCUUUCGCGGCACAUGACCUCUCAUAACUGAACUCGAACUGUGUGACAGAUUGUAAUGCCGACUCAAGACAAAAACAAACUAAGGGAAUGGGCUAUUGUGAUGCACACAUUAUCACUUUACAUUUAACAUUUUGCAAUGGCCACAAACCACAAUAUACAAAUGCAUUUUGUCAUAACUUUAUUUCAUUCUAAAUGCGUUAGGCGCUUAUGAUAGCUUGGAAGAGGAAUAUAUGAUAUUAUCGUAUUUAAGGACAGAAUUUUAUUUUAGAUAUAAGAAAAGCAAGAGAAUGGAUUUUAGUUUAUUGACUCCAUUGAUACAUUCCAGUGUCAUUAAAAUAAUGAAAGCUAUAAAAGCGGGAGGUGCAAGCGCGAAACACAGGAAAGAUGCAUGUAAAAAUCGUAGAUAUGAACACCAAAUACAGACGGGAAAGUGCGGAAUUGACGUUGGUUUUUUUGUAAAUAUUUUCGUUUUCAAAAUCAAAUGUACUAUUUUGUGCCAGUGAAAAGCAGUCCCAAUAGUUAUUGUGUUUCACACUCUUGGCGAAAUUUACGAAUCUUGAUAGUUUAUCUGGUCAUUUUGGCUGGCUUCAACAAUAAAUAGCUUUAUUUUUACUUGACCAAA